AUGGACGAGGACGAUGAUCUCUUCGGUUCUGAUUUGGACGAUGAUGAGAAGAGAGACAAAGGAAGUCCCGAGGAUAAAAAAUUCUUCUUCCGAAAGGAGCUACGUUCCAUGUUAUAUGGAUUUGGUGAUGAUAAGGUACCUUACGAUAAGACCUUGGAGACAUUGGAGGGAAUAGUGCUGGAUUACAUAAAAGAGCUGUGUGAAAGGGCGAUGAAUGUGGAAUUGUUUGGCUCUUCAUUUAGGUCAGUCGGAAAACCUGAUCGAAUAGCUCUAGAGGAUAUACAUUACUUGAUUCGAAGGGACCCCAAGAAGUUUGCCAGGGUAAAGGAUUUGUUGUCGAUGAGCGAGGAGUUGAAAAAAGCUCGCAAACAAUUUGAUGACGUAAAGCAACUUUGA